CACGGCACGCUCGCACGCGCAUCCAGUGCGCGCUUACUGCCCUAAACUCGCAACUGUUCUAAAAACUGAGACCACUGCUGUUUAAAUCUAGUUUUUCUUUCACUUUGCCGAAAGUGAUUUUGGGAGAUAUGUUUCCUGUUGAACUACUGAGAAUAAACUUGGAGAGAAGCUGAGAACGUGCAAGAGUGUUGUGUGUUUAUGUAUGAGCGCGGGUGAGUUCGUUGAGAUGAGUGUGGGUGAUGUAGAGGGGGGUAGCAUCCGCCCCCCAUCCAGUCUAAAUGUGAAGAAAGUCUAUGGUGAUAGCACAGAAGAACUACAUUCUCCAGAGUCUCUGAGGCUCAGCGCCAUGUCGCCUGACCUGAGGCAGGACUUCAGUAUGAUGGAACAGAAAAAGAGAGUUACACAGAUUCUUCAAAGUCCAGACUUUAAAGAUGAGCUGGAGGGUAUGGUAAAGGAUCAAUACUCUAAGGGCAGUAACUCUGGUGGUCUACUAGGCCACAUCGCGAACCUCAUCAUCAGCAACACGCUGAGCAACACUGGCGUGUACAGUCCCAGCAGCGUGGGGUCAGUAAGUCCAGUGAAUGAUCUGUGUGGUUUGGAGUGGUUUAAUUGUUCUAAAGCUGAGAGGCAGGGUCGCUGUAAACUGGCAUGUUUGUACCGCCUACUGGACCUGUAUGGAAACGCCCACUUUCCAAAUACCUACGUUACUCUACGUGUGAGCAAAGAGCAGGAUCACGUUCUCAUUCUUCCAAAAGGACUGUCAUUUUCAGAAGCCACAGCGGCCAGUCUGGUGAAGGUGAAUCUGAUUGGUGAAGUGGUCGAUCAGGGGGCAACCACACUAAAUGUGGAUAUUUCAGGAUUCAAACCGCAUGCGGCAGUCUAUUGUGCUAGACCAGAUGCAAAGUGUGUUAUACAUACAUACACACCAACCACAGCUGCAGUCUCCUCUAUGAAAUGUGGCAUCUUACCCAUUUCUCAUGAAGCUUUGCUGCUGGGGGAGGUGUCUUAUUUUAGCUACUAUGGUGAUGAAGAUGACAAACAGGAGAGGAUGGAACUGCAGAAGGCUUUGGGUCCCACUGCUAAGGUGUUAGUGCUGAGGAAUCAAGGUUUAUUGGCAUUUGGAGAAACUACAGAAGAAGCCUUUCAUUAUCUGUACCACAGCCACCAAGCCUGUGAGAUACAGGUUAGUGCUCUGCUUUCUGCAGGUGGUGUUGAAAACCUGUGCGUGUUAGACAGGGCGAGUCUUAAAGCAGCUCCUUCCAUUAAUCCCAGUGGAAAAAUGUCAGAUGGACAGAUCAGAUGGAGGGUUGGAGAAGCAGAAUUUGAAUCCCUUAUGAGAAUGAUGGAUAACUUAGGUUACAGAACUGGUUACACAUACCGCCAUCCCAUUGUCAAAGAGAAGCCUAGACACCAUAAUGAUGUGGAGAUCCCAGCAACAGUGACUGGGUUUGGGAGGGAAGCAGACGGGUGCCCGCCGAGUCCUUUGCACUUACAGGCACAAAGACGAGACAGAGAGAGGAUACGAUGGUUGAAUUCACCCAACAGCUACCUAAAAGUCAAUGUACCUGAGGAGUCCACCAAUGGGACCUGUAGCCCACGUACCAAAACUACGUGGAUGAAGUCAGAGGAGUCUGGAAGCUGCAAGGACACCCCAAUUAAGAUUGAUGACCCCAACCAGUUUGUCCCACUAAACACCAACCCCACUGAAGUACAGGAAAAGAGAAAUAAGAUUCGGGAGCAGAACAGAGUGGAUCUGAUGACGGCAGGACCAAAGUCUCAGCUUUUGGCAGAUAUCGUCAUCGAUAAACCCUCCGGUCCUGCUUUCAUUUAUGAGGAUGAGGAGCAGACCACCUCUUUACCGCCCAACCCUUUCGACCAAUCAGAGACAGAGCUUCAGGAAUACACGCAAACUGUGGAGUAUAAGUGCAACCAAUCAGAGGCCGAUGAGGAUCUGACCGAUGGGGAAAUGACCACAUAUGAUGGAUCCACUGUGUCCCUGUCAAUCUCACCCCUCAUGAGCCCAGAGAAGGGAGACAGUCUCUCUGCCCUGUUGCAAAGCAGCGAUGAGCUAACCCAGGAUGAUGACCUCACUCUAGAAGUAACAGAGCUUAGCAUCACUAAAGAGAUGCAGGUCUCCAUAACAACCACCGUUGCCAAUGACAUUUCAAUCACCUCUGAAAGUCAAAAAUCGCCCAAAAAGAAGAAAAAGAAAUUCCGUACUCUUUCUUUCUUGAGGAUGUCCAAAAAGAAAGAGAAAGAGGAGAAAGGAAAAACUAAGGAAAAGGAGCGAGAAAAGGAAAAAGAGGGUAAGGAAAUAGAGGAAGAAAAAGAAUGCAAGGAUUGAAAGGUUAUGUAAAAGUGUGGUGACUGGAUGAAUAUGAGAUCUGAAGGGAAUUGUGGGUAAUGUAGUUUCAGUAGGGUCCUGUGAUAAAUGUAUAGUAUGUAUGUUCACCUUUGAAUUGAAGCAAUGAUUUGUAUGUGUAGAUAUUACACACACAGAAUGUUUAAUUUUACACUUUUUGUUACAGCUAUAGUAAUAACUAGCGCAUUAAAAGUGUCUCAAUAAGAUAAUUCAUCACAAUGUCCUACACUUUUUAUAAACUGUACACACAUGACAGUAGGUAAUAAUAAAUUGUGGUAAAAUCCUUCAGGUACUACACGCUAUAUGUGAGAAGUAUCGUGUGAUAAGACAUUUUGAUGUCACUGUAUGUUUAGAUUAAUUUUGUGAUGAAUUUAUCAGUCAAAGUGAAGACAAGAAACCUUAUCAUGGAUUUAUAUGAGACUGUGUGACUGGAUUCCUGCUUGUCAUGAAUAUUUGAUGAUAUUUUAAGGUAUUGCAAUUUUGCAUCAUUGAUAGAUAAUAAAGAAUUGCUGUAUGUUUGUACACUGUUGUAAGAUGUUAUGUUAAUGUUUAUAGUUAUGUUUUUUGUCUUCAGAGGUAAAAUCUGCUUCUGUAAUUUGCAGUUUCACUGUCACAAUGUUUUCUCUUCA